AUGGCGCCCGCGUUCGCGCCGGGGAAGCCCCCAUCCUACUCCAAGCUGGGCAACGAGCCCGAUGACCACGCAGACGACGACUACGUGGCCGAGCAUCAGCGAGCACAGCAGAUCGAGCGGCAGAAGCAGGACGAGAGCUUGGAUGAGCUGCACUCGGCUGUCAAGCGUCUUGGAGACAUGAGCCUCAACAUUAGCACAGAGCUCGACACACAGAAUAAGAUGUUAGACGACCUAAACGAUGACACAGACAAGGCCAAGCAAGCGCUGGAAAUCGUGACGAAACAAACACAAGAGCUGAUCAAGCAGUCCGGCGGCAUGAAGAACUUCAUCGUUAUUAUUGUGCUGGUGCUGAUCCUGCUGCUGCUGACGUACUUGGUGAUCAUGACAUGA